AGAAAGCCCAACACCUGACGAUUCCAUAUCAGUGUUUGUUUUUCAAAAAAAAUUCAAAUUUGAUGGAGAAAAUGCAAUUUUAAAUACCAACACGCAUGAAUUCAGAAUAGAGGAAUUCGAUUACGUAAACAUGAUCUAUUCGGCCGCGUCGCACUAAAGGAGUGAAGUAAACCAUCUGAUGUCAAUUAGUCCACUCACCGGCGACAUCAUCUUUUCUAAAUUUCUGUUUUACGUCUGAAAUGAGCAAUCACAAAACAGAAAUGGCGAAAAGAAAAAAUGAUUAAAUUGAUUUUUGUUUAAAAAACAAACAAUGAUAUAAUACAGUUUCUUGGUUAAGAAGAACAUCUUUAUUUUUCUUGACUCAUUUUUAAAAUUUAAUCAAAUAUAAACCCGAGUGAAAUGUCUCAACAGUCAGCAUUUAAAAUCGUUUUGAGUAAUUUUCAUAAUCCAUCUCAAAUAGAUUCUAUUGGUGUUUCUGUUUUUUAGUGCGUCAUGGAGAAAGUGAAUGGACUGGAGACAACUUAUUUUGCGGUUGGUAUGAUGCCGAUUUAUCCGAGAAGGGUAUCAAUGAAGCAAAACAAGCUGGAAAAUGGCUAAAAGAGAAUGGAUAUACAUUCGAUGUUGUCUUCACAAGCGUCUUGAAACGUGCCAUAAAAACGGUAUACUAUAUUCAAGAGGAACUCGAUUUACAUUGGAUACCUGUUUAUCGUCAUUGGAGUUUAAAUGAGCGAAUGUAUGGCGCACUUCAAGGAAAAAAUAAAUCGGAAACGGCAGCCAAAUAUGGAGAAGAUCAAGUCAAGGUUUGGCGUCGUGCCUACGAUAUUCGACCACCACCAGUAGAGGAAACAAGUCAAUUUAAUCCAAGAAAUGACCCAAAAUAUAAAAAUUUAGAUAAACGUAUUUUACCAUUAACUGAAUGUUUGAAAGAUACGAUCAAUCGCGUUUUACCUGUCUGGCAUGAUCAAAUUGUGCCGAAAAUUAUUAUAGGCCAAAAUGUUUUAAUCUGCCUACAUGGAACAAGUUUGAGAGCUAUAAUAAAAUACUUAGAUCACGUGUCAGAUGAUCAAAUUAUCCAUAUGCAUAUACCAUCAGGUAUUCCGAUGGUCUAUGAAUUGGACGAAAAUUUGAAUGCAUUAAAUCAUUACUAUCUCGCACCCGAUGAUAUUGUCAAACAAGCUGUUGAACAUGUGGAAAAUCAAGGAAAAAUUAAAAAAUAA